AAUGUUUAGCUAGACGCUUCGAAACUUGAGGACGAAGACUAGACAAAACUUUUGUCAGUGAAUGGUAACUGUACAUGUUUUAUAAGUUGACUAAAAACUAUUGUUGUAUACCUCAUUGAUAGGUAUAAGACUGCAAAUUCUAUGAUUUGGUUUCAGCAGAAAUUUUAAGAAUAAGUAUGGCUGUCAACACAAUCCUCUUGGAUUUGACAGUUGACCCUCAAAAAAUUUUGGAGAAAAAUGGCCUCAAGUCCGCAGUCCAGGAUGUGUUAUCAAAGUUCAUCCCGGAGCUGAAGGAGGUUUACACCAGUGACUUUCAAGGCGGAGGAACCUUGUAUACUUUCACAGCUGUGAGAGACUCUUUCAUAACUGUCAGAGCUUUUACCAAGGGUGUCAUAUCUAUCAACAUUGAAUAUUACCGGGAAAACGGCGAUGAACCUUUUUUGUCGUUUGAGACUAUUCGACAACUGGAAGAGAAUUUGACCAAACAAACAAAAAGUACGAGAAGCCACAAGUAUCCUGCUCUGACUCGAGGAGGCAACAUCGACAGAUACUUCCUCACUGCUGAUGAGAGGCUCAUAGAGUAUGAUAUUGAUGCUGUUGUUUUUGAGGAACAAUCACCAUACCAGAAGGUUCAAAUUUUUCACACUAAGAGUUUUGGAAAUAUGUUGGUUUUGGACGAAAACCAAAAUAUGUCGGAGCGAGACCUGAUCUACACCGAGACAUUGAUGCAGAGAGGCAAGGAAGAUUACGCAGGGAAAGAAAUAGUGAUACUUGGAGGUGGAGAUGGAGCACUGCUGUAUGAACUGCUCAAAGAGAAGCCCAAGUUUGUCACCAUGUUGGAGUUAGAUGAGGUAGUGAUCAGAGCAUGCAGGGAACAUAUGAGAGGCUGCUGUGGAGAUAUUCUGGACCAGCUGGAGGGAUCCAACUAUAAGGUGGUGAUUGAUGACUGUAUAAAAUCUCUUGACAAAAUGAUCACUGAAGGAAAGCAAGUUGACUAUGUUUUCGGAGACUUGACAGAAAUACCUGUGUCAACAUGUGCCCAAGGAGAGCUAUGGGACUUUCUGCGACUUAUCCUCAACAAAGCCUUCCAAGUGUUAAGGCCGAGCGGCAAGUUUAUGUCCCACGGCGACGCUGCUUGUAGACCUGCAUCUCUCGCUCUUUAUGAAAACGAACUGAGAAAUUUACCGUGCUCCGUGGAGUUUGCUAAGGACAAAGCAUUCAUCCCGUCAUUUCUAGAAGAUUGGGUGUUUUAUCAAGUGUGGUUGAGAAAAAGAGAAUAAUCGUGUUUGAGCUUACGUAAUGUACACCUACGACUCAAAAGUUUUGUGGGUCGCACUUCACAAAGUGAAGAAAUGCUUUACUGUUAUUGUUUUAUACAUUGUAGGGUCUUCUCGAAAUCUCUACCGACAUUUAAGGUACUGUUCCAAAACUCAAAAGUUGCCUGUUUAGCCGCCAUUUUGUUUUUCACAAAACUUUUGUUUAUUUUUUAAACAGCAUUAUGUCAUGAAUGGCCGCCAUUUUAAGACUAAAAAAAAUAUUAUUUUCUCAAAAUAGGUCUGUAAGUAACUAGUGUACCAAAUUUUGUACUAAUUGAAAGGUAGCUUAAAGAGUUACUUGUGAGUUUUUGAAGUUUUAACAAGAUAUUUUAGUUUGUCUUUGGUCCAGUAAAGAUAUCUCAAAAGGUGUGUAGAGAGUUCAUAAACGGACUGUAUUUUAAGGAUUGUACAAAACUGUAUUUCCUAAGUAAAUAUUUAUUUAAUA